AUGGCUCGGGGCAAUGCAAAAUACUCGGUGGCCGAAUUGGUAGCCAAAGCGGAAGCGCUAGUGGACCAAUGUCAGCCAGAGUUAGCCGCUCAAUUUUAUGAGAAAGCAUUGCUACAAGAACCAGCCAACACAUCGCUGCUAGACUCGAUCGGAGAGCUGAGCACGGAGCUGGACAACCCCGAGCGGGCACUAUCCGCUUUUCAGCAGAGUUUGUCACUGGCCCCGGCACAGAACCCAGCCAAGUAUUUCUACCUUUCACAGUUGGUUGCAGGCGAGGAGGCUGAGCACUACACGGUACAGGGCAUCACUUACCUGCAACAGGAACUGCAGCAACAUAUGGAUCCCACUACGCCGGAGGCGCUCAUUAUUAAGAAGCAGAUCUGCGACGCCUUGUGUUCACUAGGCGAGCUCUACAUGACGGACUUGUGUGACCAUGAGGAGGCAGAGACACAGUGUGAGAAGUAUUUUCAGGAGGCCAUGACGUUUGACAUCGGUUUGCCGGAGCCGACGCAAGCUCUGGCCAACUUGCGACUAGUGCAGCAGAACAAGGAGGCGGCGGAUGAGCUACUGGAGGAGACUUAUCGCCGUCUCAACGAAAAUUGUACCGAGGAAUUUCUGCCGUCACUAGAGUUCCGCACGGCGACGGGCAAAAUGCUCAUUGAGGUGGAAAGGUACGAACAAGCGUGCGACGUGCUGGAAGGAGUGAUGCAAGAAGAUGACGAGAACGCAGAGCUCUGGUUUCUUGUUGGGACAUGCUAUCGUGCGAUGGAUGAUUUGUCAAGUGCGCUCGAAUUUUUUGAGAAGUGUCAGACGAUGCUUAAUAAACUUAAGAAGGAGCUGCGUGACGCAUUCUAUCUGCAAGACCAGCUUGAAAGCGUUGUAGAAACUAUCGCUGAACUCAAGGCCUCUAUCGCUAAUGGGCAGCCGGAGCUUGACGAGGAGAGUGGAAGUAAUGAAGACGAAAAUGUUGUGGCCAAGACGGUAGGAAAGGAAGAUGUGGAGAUGGAAGAAUGA